UCACAGGGGGAUUAAGAUAGGUUGAUUACCUAGGUAUAUCCCAGCUUGUGUGGUGCGGUGCGGCAGUUAGAGCAGUACGUGCAGUACUUUUCAAAAAAGAGGUGGAAGGAUUUCCAAGGUUAACAGUUGAAGAGGGAAAAUCGAUAAGGGAUAAGGAAGGAUAAGGGAGGAUAAGGCCCUAGGUACCUAGAAACCUCCACUAAAAAAAGUCGCUAUGGAAGUCGAGAUUGGACCAAGCUCGCCUGCCGCGAUUACGCUUUCCGGCUUCCCACAGGCCAAUCCUAGAGCUGUGCAUCUCCCCGCGGUCGCUCCCGCUGCCAUCGGCGUUCCAGUCGCUUCCACGAGAACCCAUAAUUUUGAUUAUCCCAGUUCUUAUUCUAAUUCUUAUCCCAAUCCCAAUUCCUAUUCCAGUCAUUCCCGUCCCGAUGCCUGUUAUUCCAAUUCAGAAAUACUACAACAACAGGGACGAAAUCUCGAUGUAGGAGGUGGAACGCGCAAGAUGCGCAAGAGGAAAGCUGAAUCCCAGGAUAAUGAGCGACUAUCUAAACGACUAAGUCUUCUCAAUCUUGAACAAAAUGGCCAAAAGCUAUACGUCCCGGUCGAGAGCCCCAAGCUCAGACCGACCGAAUCCGCCUCUCUAACUCAGAUCCCUGAAGACGAUACGAUGCAACUCGAUGACUCCAAGCACAAAGUAUACAUUUACAACCUAGACGACGAACUCACGGACAGCGAGUCGGAUAGCGAUACCAGCGGGCGCCUGGUCUUCCUGCCAGACAUCGAGAAGCACCUAAUGCAAACCCGCAUUCCGCCGUCUAUCCUAGCCAAUAAGGAUGGCGAGAUCGCCGGCAUGCAGAUGGUCCUGUACAGUGAACCUAGUUCGCUGACCGUGCCCCAGGAGAAGGACAGUGUGCGGAAAGCGAUCAUUGAGUCGAGGCAGAGAGUCAGGGAAAAACAAAAAGAGGAGCGCGAACAACAGCACCAGCAGGCUACAUCUGGAUCCGCCUCCUCCAAUUCUGCGACUCCUGCAUCAUCGACGUCGCAAACCGUCACUGCUCCACCCGUAUUCCCUGCGUCGAAUAAUGGGCCGAAUACGAUGAACGGUUUCGCACAUCACAAUGGAGCCGCGGUGGGUACUACUACGACGAAUUACAACUACGACGAUCCGGACGCCAUGGAAGUGGAUUAGAAAGAAAGAAAUAGAAAAAAGGAAGGACAGAAGGGUCGAUGAUACACAUACACACGUGCGGAAUUAUAUGGAGUUUGGGUUUUA